GUCCAAUCUUCGGACUCUUUUUGUUGUGCUUGACAGACCUUUGCAAAUAGUCGUGAUGGUCGCCAGUGACAUUCUGCAGGUCUUCCAUUGCGAGGGUACGUCGGUGCUGUUCUUCGACCAGGCCUGGCCCAGUCGCUGUCCGGUCUGCAAGCAACGUUGGCCUACGCAGCCAUUCGAGUCGUUUGAUGCUGUCCUCGCCACGGCCGAGCGUCAGCAGAAGAGCGGCGCUGAACCAGCAGUAUUGGACCAAGACGUCCAUCCGGCCCAGACCGGCCCAGAGCUAUCACAGGGAGUCAAGCGUGAUACUACGGCAAGUUCAGUGGCACCUGGUGGCAAUGGACUCGUGUCGGGCAGCGUCGAAUGGCACGGAAUGACCGUCCAGCGAAUUGCAUCGCCGUUGGUCUCUGCAACGCAAAGCCAGCGAUCGCUGCUCGUCCGUCCAACAGCUGGAAACAUGCUAUGGAGCUUUACUGCAGGAUCAGGGCCACUUCAUGUUGGAAUUGCAUCUUCCGAUGGCUCGAUUGUGUUCAACUUUGACGAGCGAGGCUGCAUGCGCGAUGACAUUGGAUGGAGCGAAUGCAUUGCGGUGCAGCUUCCGCAGCUCGCGCACUUGUCAAACGAGGAGUGGGAUGCGCGGCUCGAAAGUCAUUGCUUGGAGUGGAUGGCUUCAAUGGAGCCUCAACAGACAGGGUAUCACGUUACUGACAGGAACUGCUUUGAUUUUGUACUGGCGUGGCUAUCUGCGCUCGGUGUUGAUGGCUUCACCAAGUCCGAUUUUGCCGAAUCGUUUGUGCGGCACCGGCUUGCGACUGCCGCAGUUUACGUGAAACUAGCUCGAGGAAUUCAUGCCAACGGUUUUGUAUUAUUGUGAAAUAAUGCACGAGGAGCCUGUGGGCCGAGCGGGUCAUUCCAG